AUGGUGAUUGACGCAAAAAAUUGUAACAGAUUUUUGGAUGAACGAUGUGAUGAACCAGAAAUAGGCGACAUUGUUGUGUUAAAGGAAGAUAACAUGCCGCCAGCUAAAUGGCUACUUGUUGCAGAUAACAAUUUAUUAGAAAAUGAUAAUAAUGCAAAAGACGAUGAUGACAAUGAAAGCGACAGCAGUGAUGAAGAUGAUUAUCAAGAUUUCUCCGUUUUCUCUCGUACCAUUACUUUCGAAACCGACAAGGCAACUAUCAAGCGUCGGGCGAUACUUUUAACGUCAUUAUGUGAAUCAACGUUCAAACUUGCAUGCGAUUUGGCGCUACCGAACAAGGUAGAAGAAUUGGGUUACGAGGCGAUCGUGAAACUCCUCGACAACCAUUUUACUCCAAAAAGGUUCGGGUUUGCAGAGAAGUCAAUCUUCUAUGCAGCAACGCAGCGGCAAGACGAAACGCACACUCAAUGGGCCGCUAGGAUUAGAGGUUUGGCAACUCACUGCGCAUUCAAGAAUUUGGAGGAAGCUCUGCUGGAUAGGUUCAUCAUGGGCAUGACACCGGGACGUGAGCGCGACAAGUUGUUCAUGCAGGAUCAGCGGGAGCUGACUCUUGCAAAAGCGAUCGACUUGGCGGAAAGCGUGCGUUGUGCACGCCUGGCGUCGUCGACAGCGGGGGCGCAGGCGGCCGCGGCGGCCGGUGCGGCCACAGCGGCCGCGGAUAGCGUCUUCAAUAUCUCCAAGAAAGAGAAGUGCAGUGUGUGUGGUUUCACCAACCAUAAAUCUAAUCAGUGUCGGUAUAAAAACUUCAAGUGUAAAAAGUGCAAUAAUAAAGGUCAUUUGCGUAAAAUGUGCCCUAACGAGGGAAAAGUGAAAUACGUGGAGGAAGGUAUGUUGGACUGCGGGGACGACGGUGAGUGUUUUUAUAAUAUUCGGUGCCUAAAAGGGAAACCCAUGACAGAGCGAGUGACGGUCAGUGGUCUAGCCUUAGAGUUCGAAAUUGAUAGCGGUUCAGCAGUUAGCGUAAUCUCUAAAAGUACUUACAACUCGAAUUUUAAGCGGUUGCCAUUGUCAGUCACCAAAAAACGACUAUUUAGUUAUACAGGGGAAAACAUCGAAACUAUUGGAGUUGUUGCGUUACCUAUAUCAUACCUAGGUCGCACACAUACACUGGAUGUGUACGUAGUACGCGCAGACGGGCCUCCGCUACUGGGCCGCGACUUUAUUCGGGAAUUUAAUCUCGAGCUAGCGCCGGCAGCGGCUACGGCGGCGGCGGAGCCCACGAAGGCGCGCGUACACGUCGUGUAUCAACACACACCUUGCGAGUCUGAUACGAGUAUCGGUAAAGAGCUUUGUAAAAUGUUUCCUAAGGUUUUCUCAGGCAAUCUCGGGGCGUUUAACAAAUACAAAAUUGAUUUACAUUUAAAACCCGAUGCACAGCCAAUUUUUUUUAAGGCGAGGCCUGUUCCAUAUGCUCUCAGGAAACUAGACGAGGAGCUCGACCGGUUAUUAACGUUAGGCAUUUUGAAGCCCGUGGAACAUUCAGACUACGCGUCGCCCGUGGUACCAGUAUUAAAAAACGGUAGCCUUAGACUAUGUGCGGACUACUCAGUUACAAUCAAUAAACAGUUGAUAAUUGAUCAAUAUCCUUUACCAACGGUGAAUGAUUUGUUGGCUAAGCUACACGGAGGCGUACAAUUUAGUAAAAUAGAUUUAUCUAUGGCUUAUAAUCAAUUUAUUUUGAACGAAGAGUCGCAAAAACUAACGUGUAUCAAUACUCAUCGCGGUCUUUUUAAUUUCACCCGAUUAGUGUUCGGAUUGUCUAGCGCACCAGCUAUUUUCCAACGCGCUAUGGAAUGUUUACUUUCGGGAAUCGACGGAAUUAUCUUUCUAUUAGACGAUAUUCUGAUAACGGGCUCAAAUAGACACGAACACAAACAAAGGCUCUCUACAGUCUUACAACGUUUAAAUGAUGCAGGGUUAACAGUACAAAUGAGUAAAUGCGAAUUUUUUAAAGAUGAGAUUGCAUACCUUGGUCAUGUCAUAGAUAAACACGGAGUCAGAAAAUCACCCGAUAAAGUCAAAGCUAUUUUACAAGCUCCUAAGCCAACAAAUAUAAUUCAGUUACAGUCGUUUUUGGGUCUAACAAAUUAUUACCGGAACUUCGUGCCGGAUGCGUCAUCUAUAUUAAGUCCAUUAUAUGAUCUGUUAAAUAAAAAUAAAAAGUGGGAAUGGACUCAUAGGCACAAUGACGCGUUUGUCCGAAUAAAAAACAUUUUAGCGUCCGAUAGAACUUUGGCACAUUUUGACCCGAAUGCUAAAUUAAUAUUAACGGUAGACGCCUCACCGACCGGGCUAGGUGCAGUACUAUCGCAAAUAGGUCCAGAUAGGUUGGAGCGGCCUAUUUCGUACGCUUCCCGAACGCUCUCGCGGGCGGAAAAAAACUACGCACAGGUCCAAAAGGAGGCAACUGCAAUCGUUUUUGGGGUUAAACGUUUCCAUCAGUACUUGUAUGGCCGUUCUCAGCCGUUUGUCCUUAGAACUGACCAUAAACCCCUGUUGGCUAUAUUUGGCCCUUAUAAAGGUAUUCCCGAGAUAUCCGCAAAUCGCCUACAAAGAUACGCCAUAUUUUUAGCCGCGUAUAAUUACGUGAUUGAAUAUAUUAGUAGUAAACAAAAUAGUGCGGAUUAUUUAUCUCGCGCGUACAGCGGCGACAAUGAGACGGAAACAACGGACGAGCUCACGGAAUGCGAGGAUCGCGCGGCUUACGUGAAUUUCGUAACGGACGGCGAUCUGCCUGUCACGUUAAACGAUUUGCGCCGGGAAACGACUCGCGACACUAACCUGAGUACUGUAAAGGAUUUUGUGUUAAACGGUUGGCCUAGGAAGGUUAGUGACGCCGAGUUAAAACCAUUUUUCAAUUGUCGAACUCAGUUAUCUUACGAAAGCGGUAUAUUAAUGCGGGGACAUAAAGUAGUUAUUCCUACAACUUUGCAAGAAAAUGUUUGCAGGGAAUUGCAUAGUUCGCAUUUCGGCAUCGUAAAGAUGAAGGCAGAGGCUCGCAAACGGUUAUGGUUCCCCGGCGUGGACGCUGCGCUGGAACGAGUGGCGGGCGCCUGCACGGUGUGCGCGGCAUUGCGGCCCGCGCCGCCACACGCCCCUCUUGCACCUUGGCCGCUGCCACCGCAUCCGUUUUACCGAAUUCAUUUAGAUUUCUUGGGUCCAUUUCAUAAUUACAUGUUUUUAAUUAUGGUGGAUGCUUACAGUAAAUGGGUCGAGUGUUAUAACAUGCCUUCAACUCAUAAUUCAAAGACAGUUAUAAGUAAAAUGCACGAUUUUAUGUCACGGUUUGGUAUUCCACAUACUUUGGUGAGUGACAAUGGUACGUCGUUUACAUCAUUGGAAUUCAAAGAGUUCUGUAACCUUAACGGUAUCAAACACUUGUUAUCGCCGGCUUAUCACCCGGCUAGUAACGGGCAGGCCGAAAGUUUUGUCAAAAUUGUAAAAAAGGGGCUGAAGGCAAUAAUUUUACAGGGUUGUAACAAAUUAACAAUACAUGAUAAAAUUGCGAAAUAUUUAUUCGAUUACAGGAACUCUAAAAAUAGUACCACUGACAAGUCACCCGCGGAGUUAGUGUUUGGGCGUUCGCUGCGCUCACGGCUAGAUUUAUUGAACCCUAACGCACCGUCGUCAUCGACGUCCACAGAUCUAACUCAAACCGUCGCGCGUAAACAGUCCUUACAGGCUAAACACUUCCGUGGUGUACUAAGACCAGAAUUUAAAGAGAACGACCUUGUCUGGAUAACUAAAAACACUAACAAUAACAAAGUGAAUUGGCUGGAGGGUAUAAUCACAAAGAAGAUCGGAAAUCUUAUGUACAGCGUAUACGUGCCACAAUUAAAUGGUGAGGUCACUAGACACAUGGACCAAAUAAGGAAAAGACUGUCUUCGCCAAUAUCAUCGGCAACUGGUGAAGACCAGGACUGGGAUCCUGACGUGAUUCCGGAUGUGGCGUCGCCUGCUACCGCUCACCCCGAACCUGCCACACAUCGAGAGGGGGAAGGAGAGGCGACAACGGUUCUGGAACCAGCUGCGGCGACGCCGCCGGGCACGCCAGAGACUUCACCGCCAUUAGCCACGCCGGGGACCUCACCACGCGCCGCCCGUGAUGUAUUGGUGAGGUCUACUGGCAUCACUUUGCCGACGCUGAAACUGACCGGUUUCCGACACACGAUGAUAAAUUGUACCGAAGACUACUUCUCUUCGUCUUCAUUAAACAUGGCCAAAUUAAUCAUAAAAACUGGAUUCCGACCAAUCACACACGACAUCAUUUUCCAACCACAAACAACAUUGAAAGGAAAACAAUUAGUUUUAGCUCAACACGUGCAAGAUGUGAAAGAAAUUAAAUAUGAAGAUGCUAUGAUCCACACCAUUGAAGCAUGUUAUUCGACAAACUUCAGUGACAUCAACGCCAUACAAAACAUCAUUGAAUACAACGGACAAGAAGAAGCGUGUAUAGCCAAGGUGAUCGAUACGCAGGCUGCAGCGGGGGGAGUCGCACUCACACAACUGUACCACGCUCUUGCUGAAUAG